AAGCAGUUUUCUUUAGUGGAGUUCAUAUUUCCAUAUGCAGAUUUCACAAUAUUCUAGUUUUUGACCCUAGAGAUAGGAGAGGAAUGUUUUCCUCACCAUUCCCGCCCUUUCUGCCAUUCCCUCUCCCUGCUAUUUUUCCCCGCCCGCAGUUGCGGAGUUGGAAGGUGGAAGGGGAGACAUCAAAGUGAUGUAAUUGGUGACUCCCAGAUGGUUACCAUGGCGACUAUCAGGCAUAUUACGCUACUAGUAGAGUAAGAGCUUCUUCCAUCUAGUCUUCAAGAAAGGGUUUUGGCGGUGGGGGAGAGCGGACGGAUGUGAAUCCACAGCCUACAGAAGACGGGCAGGCAGGGUUGAGCCUCCCAGCACAGACAACUCCUUGAACAAAAAACCCCGUAGACGAGUCGUUUCGACGGUGGGAACCGGACUUCGCUGCCUCCUAGGCUGCCACCGCGAAGGACGCCCUCGCGCCCCAGAAUCUGCGAGCUGACUGGCGGGUGGUGUCGUCACUCACAGUGACGUGAUGGCGGAGGAAAGAGGUGGAGCCAUAGAGACUUGGCUUCUGGCCCUUCUAGCUGGGGGAGCCGGGGGAGGAGGGGCAUUGGGAAGGCACUGGAGGACUGAGGCAGCCGUUCCGGGAGCCGGCCGAGGUAGGGGCGGGCGGGCCAAGUCCUCAGGCUGUUACUCGGUGGACCGCGCCCGCCUGUUUUCCUCCGGAGCCCGCUCCCCUCCGUAUCCUGCUCCUCCCAUCGGCGCCCAGAUUUCCCAUCUUCCAGGCCCCACCCCGCUCUCUCCUCAGCCCCUGACCUCGGUCCCCUACCCGCGCCUCAACUUUUGAGCUCAGCAUCCAUCCCCCGCACCUUCUGUGCUUCAUUUCCUCAUUUCUUUUCAGCACCCUGCGCCCCGAUGCUCCUCGCCUUCCUUCCAUAAACUCGGACCGCCAAAGCUCGUGGUCCCACUGCCUGCACCAUCCCCUUUCCAAAAAAACAAAGAUCCCCCCCACCAGACCCUACCACAGCAAACACAGCCCACCAACGCACAAGGCGCACAAAAGCCAUCUGCUGGGGAAGCCGAGGGCGCCUUUUGCCCCCGUGUCACCGAGAAUCAGAGGCAAAGGAGACGACUUGCGCUUGGUCUGGGUCCAGAUGUUCUGGAGUAUCAUUUGAAUUCUUGUUCAAGACGUCAGCUCUAUGGUUGAGGUUUCCGACCAGGAGGGACUAGAACUCCUUUCCCAGCUGCAGGAAAACAGUUGACAGUGUCCCUAUGUUGACUCAUUGAGAGAAAUAUAAAUAUGGCCUUCUACAGUUAUAAAACAGUCUUAGCUAUUGCCCAGACAAGAUUCCCUAGCCAUUUUGUCCAGCCUACCAGUUCUUCUUACUCCCCAUCAUUUGCAUUUCUUCACUUGCUAGAUUCCCAUUCAAACAAAACCUAUAUGAAGAACUAUGGAAGCAGAAAGUACUCCUAUCCAAGUCAAUCAGGCAAUAAAGUACUUCAUUUACGAGCCAAAAUCUUCCAAGAGCUGCACACAUCGACUUGCUGGUCGCAGGAUGUCCCCAGUAAACAUCAGCAGGAGCAAACAGCAAAGAAGCCUCAGGUGCCAAGCCCUCAGCCCAUGAAAGAAGCAGGCGUGACGAUUAAGGAAGGAAAGCGAUCUUAUAGACAGAUAAUUAUGGAUGAACUGAAAUAUUAUUACAAUGGAUUCUAUUUGCUUUGGAUUGACACAAAAGUUGCUGCCAGGAUGGUUUGGAGGCUGUUGCAUGGACAGGUGCUGACCAGACGAGAGAGAAGAAGGCUGCUGAGAACCUGUGCUGAUUUCUUCCGCCUGGUUCCGUUCAUGGUGUUCAUCAUUGUCCCCUUCAUGGAAUUCUUAUUGCCAGUGUUCCUGAAACUUUUCCCAGAGAUGUUGCCAUCAACUUUUGAAAGUGAAUCCAAAAAGGAAGAAAAACAGAGAAAGAAAAUGGCUGCAAAGUUGGAACUAGCAAAAUUCCUUCAAGAAACGAUUACAGAAAUGGCAAAGAGGAACAGGGCCCAGCUGGGGGACGCCUCAACCCAGUUCUCCUCCUACGUCAAACAGGUCCAGACAGGCCACAAGCCCAGCACCAAGGAGAUAGUUCAAUUUUCCAAACUCUUUGAGGAUCAGCUGACCCUGGAGCACCUCGACCGACCUCAGCUGGUGGCCCUUUGCAAACUGCUGGAACUGCAGUCCUUUGGAACCAACAAUCUGCUUCGCUUCCAGCUACUGAUGAGGCUGAAGUCUAUAAAAGCAGAUGAUGAGGUAAUUGCCAAGGAAGGGGUGAAUGCCCUGAGUGUGUCGGAGCUCCAAGCCGCCUGCAGGGCCCGAGGGAUGCUGUCACUGGGUCUCACUGAGGGGCAGCUGAGACAGCAGCUCACAGAGUGGCAGGACCUCCACCUGAAGGAGAAUGUCCCGCCUUCUCUUUUGCUGCUGUCCCGGACCUUCUACUUGAUAGAUGUGAAGCCGAAGCCCAUUGAGAUACCGCUCAGUGGGGAGGCUCCAAAGGCAGAUAUUCCCCUGGGAUCACCCACUCCCCCUGAAUCUAAAGAGAACACGGCCGGUUUAGCACCUCAACUGAAGGGAACUAAGGCAAAAUCAGAAAAGACAACCCAGAACAGCAAGGCUAGCUCGAAUGGAGCAUAAGGACUCAUGAAGGAUGGCGCUCACUCUCUCUGGCUUGCUGCCCUCAGCAGUGGCAUCCUUGAAGGACGUCCCUGAGAUAGAAGAUCAGCCAUUUAGCCCUCAGGGUGGUCUUUUGAGGCCUUGUAACCGUCCAGAUGACGUCAGUGUUAAGACCACUGACGGAUUACUUGGAAAACUAUUUAAUUGCAAAGCCCGUGUUCUCUGUAGCAUUAGGUCAUCCCACGGGACCUUGUGUAAGGCCCACCUGCCAUAUUGUUUUUGAGCAACUUCACGUUCUUUUAAGAGAGGAAACUUUUUUGCACGAAGGAAUCAGCCUGAUGCCUUAAGACACCUCGUCUCCUCUAGCUCGGUAACCCGGGUGGGAACUAGGGAAACGUCAAAGCCAGUCAUUGCGAGCAUCACACAGCCACUCUCAUGCUCUCAGUGCCGGUACAACUUUUUCAGACUGAGCGCACACACACACACAUAUCAGUAGGAACAGUGCCCUGGAAACAAAGUACCUUUGGAGACAGGAUG